GUUUGCGAGACAAGGACGAGGUAGGGGGAGAGGGAGAGGCGGAACUCGUAGACGUGGAAGAGGCAGAAGAGGUAGAAGAGGCGGCGGACGGGGUGGUGGGCGUAGUGAUAGAUAAAAUUAAGUAG